UAAACUGUUGGUCCGAAAAAAGAAACCGGCCAACUUAUCCUAACUUAAUUCAUUUCCAAUUCUAAAUAUCGAGAACUCCGUGACACGGGGACUAUACAGGAUUCCCUAUGUCAAGGGCGAUAAGCAAACUUGUAUGGUUUAUUUAAAUAACUCAGCAUUCGUGGAGUCUUUUCGGUGUUAAAUACGAAAUGCAUCAGUUCAUACAGAUAUACGAAAGCUGAAAAGUCUAGAUUAUGAUUAGGAUAUUUAAUUUCUAACCAGAACGAAAAUGGCAUAUACCCCUAGAAAUAUCAGUGCACCGUACCCAGGACAUGACGAAACAGGGCAACACUAUGAUCAAUUGCCCGCAGCCAGAGUGAGACCAGAGGCUGCGGAUAACGCCCAGAAACACAAAGGCGUGCUGGAUCUUUUUAAUCCACAAAGGGAGAAAAUAGUUCCCCAACCGCAGCCCGAACCCAGGUGCCCCUCUGCUGCAUCACGGAGUAACCUAGAACUACAUCGUAAAGGAAAUGUCGGAGGUAUCUUGUCUGGAACAGCAACUCCAAGAUUAGAUUACCAGGUCGCUGCAAGAACCAAACCUGAAGGCCAAGCUAACGCUGAUCUCAACAGAGGCACUAACACGGCUAACCUAUUUAAAGAAUACGGCAAGCACCCAGUAUCGGCUAGGAAACAACCCAAGGUGAUACGCGAGGGGGAGGUUAACUUUUCUUUGGAUCUUGGUGGCAGGGCGAAAAGCAUCCUGCAUGAACCUAAAUCAAUACCCGAAUCACCAAGACCCGAUCCCAGAGUUACAACCGAGGGGGUAGGUAACGCUAAUUUAGACAGGGGAGGUCGAAUGCUGAAAAUUGUAAAUAGAUACGGCACCGGAACCGGCACGGAUCGUGGAGCACCAAGGGUGAAACAAGAUGGAGAACCUAAUGCCUUUUUGGACACCGGGCACCGUACCAACGCAUUGUUCCGAAGUUAUGGUCAAAUGCCCACCGAAUCUCAACCCGAACCCAGAGUAAAAGCACCCGGUAAAGAAUACGCCGACUUGGAUAAAGGAGGACGAAUGAAUCGGUUGAUUCAUGACGGAAGCAAAGCUAGGGCAUCACCUCCACCUCCAUUACGAGUUCGCUCAUCUGCCGCGAGAAGGACUGCUAAACAAAAUAGAGGACAAAUAGCACAACUAUUCGCUGCUUCCUCGAGUAAAGUGAUUGUUCCAAUGGCUGGAGUGAGAGGUUGAGGCUACUUUAUAAUUUAUUUUAUGGACAGUCGCAACAUUUUUAUUGGUGCAGUGAAUUAUGGAUAUGUAUCACAUAGGUCUUCAUUUAAGACUCGCUGCAAAAACAAAGACCGUGACAAUCUAGAUGUAUGAAGAAAUAGCACACAAAGACUAUAGUUGUUAUGACGAAAUAGCGCCCAUAGACAUUAUAUACACAAUUAGAAAUCAUUUGCACUUAUGAGUAUUCAGGGUCCUACCUAUCCCCGCCAAGUACCGACAAGAGUGUUUUAUUGUCAAAAGCCUCCAAGAAGCAAUAGUUCAAUUCUUCAUAAUUUUGUCAAUUUGUUUUAAUGAAAUCACUUAAAUUUUGAAUAUAUAUAGAAUAUGCAUACCUUUCUUUGACGGCCAUUGUUUGUUUUUGCGAGACUUAAGGAACUGUUGACAUACUCUUGUUGUUCUUGUUCUAGUCGGUGAUAGAGAGAGAGAGAAAUGGGGUUUAACGUCCACUCGACACAAACUAGGUCAUUUAGGGACUAUAUAGUCGGUGAUAAGUUAGGGCCAAGCAUUUAUACCGUUUGUUUUAGAUCUUUAAUCGUAUUUUAAGGGAUAAAAUAUCAUAUUCGAACUUCAGAUAUCAAUUCCCUUUUCCUUUUUCGUGGUAACAGAUCCAAUUUAUGUAUUUUAUUACUGAUAAUAUAUCCUUUUAAUGAAUGUUUAAUAUCACACAUAUCAAUGCAAAAAUGCAUUCUAAGCGAAGAUAAAUCCACUAAGUUACUAUUGCCGUGCGUUAUUAGAAUAUUAAUAUUCAAUAAAUUAUAUUUUUUUGGGAAAUUCGCUCAAACAAAAGGGUAUUUUCCAGGUAAUAAUUACUCACUUUUGUUAGGUCCCUUAUAAAGUAAUUUGAUAUCACCCUUUGAACGGCGGUGAUCCCCACGGGGAAUUUUAUAUUUUUUCAGGGGGGGGGGGGGGUAACCAGACUAGGUCUAUAGACACAUUCUUAAACAAGACCAGUGUGUCCUGUCUUUUACGAACGACUAGAAUACAAGUUACUUAGAAGUUUAUUUCUAGUUAUGCUUUUCAAUGAUGGUUCUCUCAUCUUGAUAUAACGUUCUCAUACAAUUGUAUCAUGUGUUAUCCUAUUCACAUGUUGUUUUUCUAUAUUCGUGCCUAAUGAUCGGUCUAAUUACCAAAUAUAAGAGGAUAUAGUGUAGUAUUAUCUAUUAUAGUGCCUGUCUAAUAUACACUUAGAAAUGUAGUGUAGAGGGCAGUGUAGUAUUAUCUAUUAUAGUGCCUGGCUAAUAUACACUCAGAAAUGUAGUGUAGAGGAUAGCGUAUUACAUGUAUUAUCCUUUAUACAAUCUGACUAAAAUACAGAUCUGCAGUUCGUUUCGUUUUUUUAAUAUACUUUCGAUGGCCUACUCUACACGAAGAUCUGACCAAUUGUAUUGGGAGGUUGCGUCAGGGGUCGUACGAGCGACUUUUGUCCCUAUGAUGUCAGACAUUGAUUAAUCAAUCAGCGUUGACGUUUCUAGUGGUUUACGCCAAGAAGUCGCCGUAACAGAUGAUUUUAUUCGCUAACCCCUCACGCUAUCCAGAACGCAGGUUAUAUAAUAACUCUUCCAGAUCCUACCGUAGUACAGACAAAUAAAACGAAAUUUUGAACUAUAAAAAAACGAAACGAAAUAGGAUCUGUGUUUUAAUCAGAUUGUCUUUUAUAGUGCCUGUCUAAUAUACAGUUAGAAAUGUAGUGCCUCUCUGAUCUUAAUUUCUAGCAUUGGUCCUUUAUGUCUCCUCGUCAAUAAUUAUUGACAACUGGCCCACUACUAGAAAUUUAAAGUCUAUUUAUCUCAUUCUAUAUCAAACGCUAGAAAUUUAUUUUAACAAUAAGUGCCACUUAGUUAAUAUAUUUAUUUUUUUAAACAAAUUAUUUUUGACAGUCAAUGUAGCAUUCUAUAUUAUGUUUUGUUUUGUAUGUAGUCUAUUUGUAUAUAUUUAUGACACUUGUUAUAAUAUAUUUCCGUAUCCAUAUAAUUAUUAAAAUUUAUAAAACC